AUGGAUAUCACAUCUAGGUUCAUGAGCAUGAGUAGAGCAAAAAUUAACAAUAAAAAUCAAACUGAAAUGCCAAUUGAUAGUUUUAAUAAAUCUUCAUAGCAUAUUGUAUUUUGUGGCUUCAUUUUUAUAGCAUAAUAUGACAACCACUAUACUUUAAUUUAUGAAUAUUUAGAAGGACAAAUACACUGCAGUGACUCAUUUGUCUGGCCAUCCUUUCUCGGAUAAGGAAAGAGAUGAGUUUGAUCACUAAGUUUCUUCUUAGAUUGCUAAUUGCUCUGAAAAAAUAAAGGAACUUCAAUAAUUUCAAUCAAAUUCAUAAACUAAGACGUAAAGUAUAACAGUUAUGUAGUGAAUAUGCGCACAAGGAAGUAAUAAUUAGUUAUCUAAUUGCUAAAUUAAAUCAAAUUAUAUUAUUCUUUAGAGAAUUUAAAUACUAUAGAUAGAAAUAAAAACAACUAAUUUCACAAUAUCCAAAAAGAUUGAAUAAUAAAAUUGAUAAAAAGUAUAUGAUUGAGUUUAAAACUAAGAAUAUCCCCCAUUCAUCAAAUAGUUAACUAUCUGUUCAUUCUAAAUAAGUGAAUAUCUAAAUUUAACACUCAUAUUAGAAUGAUAUCAAUGAACUAAUUAGUAUCAAAGAAUAAAUAAGUGAUAUUUGUCUGUUUAUUCAGAAUAUGCAAAAUUUAAUAGUUUAUUAAGAAAUGAAAACUGAAGAGAUAUUGCUAAAUGCUACGGAGAGUUAUAAACAUAUUGAAGCAGCUAACAAUCAUCUUUUCAGCUCAGUUAUUUUGAAUGAGAAAUUAGGUUAGCAAAUAGGAUCGUUCUUCUUUUUUAUGGGAAUUAUGUUAUUAAUUUAUGAUUUUAUACAUGCUUGA